GACACAAAAUGGAAAAUAGUGAUAAACCUAAAAUUGAUGAACAGUCACAAUCCCAAAAUGAUCUCACAGUACAAGAUAAUGGAUCACCAACAAUCCCUAGUACAAAAGCUGAAGAUACUCUACUGGAUAACAGCCAUGACAUUUCAGAAGUGCUGAGCAAACAGCUGGAAGACAUUAUUCACACAUACACCUCAAGUGAAGUUAUAGGUACCAGCAAUCCUGAAUCUUCAGUUACAGAAGAGUCACUGCAGGAAAAUGGAGAAAGUGAAGAAGCCAGUAGUUACCAAACUUCUUCAGUAGAGGUCACCACAUCAAAAGAGCCACCUCCAAGCAAAGAUCAGAAACCAGAAAAGAAAAUAUUAAAAGGAUUGGGAAAAGAGACUACAAUGCUCCUGCAAAGCCUGGAUAAGCUUAACACCACGGAAGAGAAGUUGGAAGCUUUUGCUAAGAAGUAUUCAGAAAUGCUUGAAGAGUAUCGUGCAGAACAAAAGCAGAUGAAACUCCUGCAAAAGCGUCAGGCCCAACUAAUAAAAGAGAAAGACCAUCUGCAAAGUGAGCAUAGCAAAGCCAUCUUAGCUCGUAGCAAACUGGAAAGUCUCUGUCGGGAGCUGCAAAGACACAACAAAACACUUAAGGAGGAGACCAUUCAACGUGUCCGAGAGGAUGAAGAAAAACGGAAAGACAUCACAAACCAUUUCCAGUCAACAUUAACAGACAUCCAGAGCCAGAUUGAGCAACAGAAAGAGAGAAAUAACAAGCUAUGUCUGGAGAACACAGAGCUAGCAGAAAAAUUAAAUAGUAUUGUUGGCCAAUAUGAAGUCCGAGAAGAGAACCUGGAAAAAGUCUUUAAACAGAAAGAACUUCAGCAGAAGCUGGUGGAUGCAAGAUUCGAGCAGGCCCAGGAACAGAUGAAACAAGCAGAGGAAAAACACAAUAGAGAAAAGGAGUUUCUGCUGACCCAGGCUGCAGAGUGGAAGUUGCAGUCUAAAAUGCUGAAGGAUCAGGAGACUAUGCUAAAAACUCAGAUAGCCCUUUAUUCUGAGAGGUUUGAUGAGUUUCAAAAUUCUUUAACUAAAAGCAAUGAGGUGUUCAGUACUUUUAAAAAGGAAAUGGAAAAGAUGACAAAGAAAAUGAAGAAAUUAGAAAAGGACACAAACACCUGGAAAACUCGAUUUGAAAACUGCAAUAAAGCUCUACUGGACAUGAUUGAAGAGAAGUCUAUGAAAGCCAAAGAAUAUGAAUGCUUUGUUCUGAAAAUUGAGAGGCUGGAGAAACUUUGCAGGGCUUUGCAAGAGGAGAGAAUUGAACUGUACAAAAGAAUUAAAGAUGCAAAAACAUCUGACAAAGAGGGAGAUGACGAGGAUGAAGAUGUUGAAGAGAUUGAUUCCACUAACCAGGCUCAGACAAGUAGCACUGAGCUUUCAGUUAUAGAUGAAAAGAUCAUAAAUGAUCUAGAAACAGCUUUUAUGGUGGCCCAUCAUUUAGAAGAGAAACCUAAAGAUAGUGGUUUGGAAUGUCUGCAGUAUGAAGCCAGCAAUUUCCCACCUCUAGUGGAUCAAGGAGCACAUCCAGAGCAAGGUACCAGCUGCCCAGAUGUCAAAUCAGUACAACCCCCAAGGCAAGAAUCACUAAAACCAGAAGUGGACCACGACAUGGAAACUGUAGACUAAUAUAGACUCACAUAUAACGGUUAGAACAAAUGAACGUGUGUAAUUACAAAUAAUGGCAGGUUAAAACUGCAUUGUGUUCAUUUGUUCUCUUUAUUACAUGACCCAUGUGUUGUAGGUCAUUUGGCACGCAUAUUAAAAGUGUAUUCAUUAGUGAAUAAAAUGCAUAGUUUAUUGCUGUGCAAGAUUGUAUGCAA